AUGCGUAAUGGGGAACCUCUGGUCUCCCAAAUCCUGAGUGGUUCAUCACUUCACAUUGAAGCCGAUGGCAUACGAUCGAAAGCAAAGGCAAAAGCCAAACGCCUGUUGAGGAUUGACGGUAGCAAUUUCACAUCCGAAGAUAGUGAAGAGGACGAAUUUUUCGACGCUGUAGUGGAGGAGAUCAAUCAGAACCCAGCUUUCGACGCAGACAAGGUACUAAAUACCUCCAGAUUGGGAAAUGGAUCGCGAGUAGAAAGAACAAAAAACAUCUUGCAGGGGACUGCAGACGCUAUAGCUCACCCUAUCGCGUCAAUCAAAUCGAAAGCCACAAGACAAACUGCGGGGAAAUUGGCCAAAAGUCGACCAUAUCUCUCAAAUCAAGCAAACUUUGAUUUCCUUGAAGCUCACGACGAUUUACAGCAAGCCAAGGACGCUCAACAUGCUGGCGACGAUGAGGAUGCGAUUGAGGACCAUAUAAAUAAUAUAUACUACUUCGAAAAGAGGGUUGACAAGAUCCAGCGAACUCGAGAGGAAAUGCGUGUUGCUUGGGUUACCGCCAGACAUGUUCACCGUGUUCGAGCUGUUGAUAAUAUUCCUCCACCACUCCCGCCCAUACAGCAUUUUGAAAGGAAGGAUGAUCAUGGGUUCACAGAAUUCAAAUGGGAAAAAUGGAUUGGAUAUAAACUUCUUCAUGGCUCACGCCCUUUCGCCGCGCAAUACAUCGAUGAUUUUGAAGAGCUUCCCUUCGAUAUCGACACUUUCCGCAGACACGUAGAAAGACUGAUUAUAGUUAGUGCUCCAUUGCAGGAAUUCGCAGUAGAUAUCAGGAAGAUUUACAGAUGGGAGGACCAAUGGCGAACAUCUAAAUGGUUGAUAUCAUAUCUAUUGCUUUGGUAUACAUCAUAUAUCAUGUCAUUCUUGUAUGCGUAUAUUGUCUACGCGACUGCAAAGAACUACUAUUACCCUUCAUCGGUGUCCGCGUUGCGGGAUGAAUUCUCAAGAAAUAUUGAUCGAGGAACUACAGCUUUGAAGGCCGGAGAGCUCAUGGACCAGCAUGGAAACAAAGACUGGCUAGGCCCUCUUUUGGAAAAACUCGGCCCAUAUCUACAGUUACAAAUUGCAGAUUUGGCCAACUUACUUGAGGUCUACGACAGUUUUAUUCACUUUCGCCGCCCGCAGAACACAUUUCACUCUCUUUUCCUUUUUUCGGCCGUGUUUCUACUUAGUGCAUGUGCUUCAAUGCAGUUCACCAUGAAGGUAUUCUGGUUUGUAGCCGGUCUUAUAUUUUUUGGCUGCUGGCCUAUCAGCUCUUUAUACCCCCGAUAUCGCCUGCUGGUUUCGCCGCUCAAGUGGGCUCUUUGGGAUAUUCCCACAUACCCAGAAUGGUCUCUCCAAUAUCUUCAGGAACGUGGAUCUUCUGCCUUAAAAGAAAUCAACCUACACGCAUUAGAGAAUUCAACUGACCGAUUCGGAAGUCCGGAGGUAAUGGUGGGACCAGUGGGCGACGAUGCAAAUAGCCCCAAAGCCGAGACGAUGCAUUUUCAAGCUCUCGGUUUGGGCACCAUGCAUAAAGAAUCUAAAGAUCUUCUGUCAUUUCGUUGCACUUUGCAUCAUGUUCCAGGACAUCUCAUAAUUUCUGCCAAAACCAUUCGUUUUGAAGCUUUAGUUUCCAACAUUUUGCCCUGCAAAUCGUUCAAUAAACCAUACAGUGAGUUAAUCGAAAUGUCGAAACAACAGACGAAAGAUUUGCUGUUAGCUUCACUAGCGAAAAUGACUAUUGGAAAGGAUAAACUAGAGCUGAAGUUUCGCGGGGAAGCUGGUGGCGACAUGCACAGUGCGAGACAAAAUGGGCAUGUGGUUGUACUACUCGAGAAUAUGAGGGGAAGGGAUAAGGCAUUCAAUAGUAUUGUUGGCUUCAGCGGGGUGAGAUGGCAGUGUUUGCAAAAGGCAUCGGGAAAACUUGCUGAAAUGGAAAAUGAAUCAUCGAACGCGAGCACUACUUAG